AUGAAGGAUAUAUCCAAUUCUAAAACACAGAGUAGUACCGUCACUACUAGUUCAACUAACUCAACUAGAACACCUAUGAACAAAAAUAAUACAGGACAAUCAACAAACACUCCAUAUAGUACACCUACUAGAACUACUUCUUCUAUAUAUAAUUUAUUACAUGCAACCACAACGCCAACCACUGAUGACACUACCCAUAAUAAAACAUCACCACAAAAUGGUGAACCCAAAGGACCUUCUGUCUCUCCCAGUGAUUUAUCUAAACCAGCUGAUUUUCUGAAAUUAAAGGUUGAUACUGCUCCUUCUGUUCCUGUAACUUCAAAUAGAACACCUUCUCCCUCUUUUCCUAAUAGUAAUAAUAACCAUAAUAAAAAUAUGCCAAAUAAUAAACAAGAAUCAUCAAAUAUCAAUAUUAUUCCACCAUUGAAAAACAUAACAACACACUUAUUAAGUGAAAAUCCAAAAACUAAGUCAAUAACGAUCCAUACGUCCACAUCUUCAUCCUCCUCACUUUAUAAGCCAAUUAAUUAUGAACACAACAGUAUAAAUAAUGACACCAAGACAAAGACAUCCUUACCUACUUUGAUUCAUUAUUCGACUACAAAUAUGUCCAAAACUCUUCAUAACCGAUUACCUUUACUAAAUAAAUCCAACUCAACAUUAAAUCCUAUCCAAUAUAGUCAUCUAAACAAAACAAAUGGAAGGUUAAACAAAAGGUCUAUUUCUACACUUUCAAGUGAUAAUUUAAUGUUUGUAAUAGAUAAUGAUAAUACUGCUACUACUAAUACUAGUACUAAUAACCCUAAUUCUAGUUAUUAUAACAAUAAUCAUGACCAUAUGAGUAAAAAGUUCAAAAUAUCAAAGAAUAAUCUUUUUAUUACUACUGAUGAUGAUACAAAUAAAGAUAUGGAUAAAAAUAAACCUCCUGCUGAUAAAAUAAAGUUAAGAAAUAAUUUAGUGACUAGAAGGAACACACAAGAAUUGAUUGCAAAAGGUAUUGCAGAACAAAACUUGGAUAAGAGCCUUUCUGAAUAUGCAUGCAUAGUUAAAAAUGCCGAGUUAAAAGUAUUAAAUAUGGAUCCUUUAAUAAUAUCAAAGUCCUUAAUACAAAGAGCUGAACAAAAUAAAGAACGUGAAAGGCAAGUUUUUGCUCUCUUGUGGUUAAUGAAAAAUUGCGAAUCUAAGCAUGACUCUUUUGUUCCAAGAAGUAAAAUUUUUGCACAAUAUGCUUCUUCAUGUGCUGAAAAUAAAUUGAAACCUUUAUCUCAAGCCUCUUUAGGUAAAUUAAUCAGAACAGUAUUUCCAGACCUCACAACAAGAAGAUUAGGAAUGAGAGGUCAGUCUAAAUAUCAUUAUUGUGGUCUUCGUUUAAUUAAUGAAUCGGAAAGUAAUCAUAAUUAUAACCAGCUAAUUCAGAGUUAUAAUAACCAACAAAACUCUUUAGAGAAUAUUGUUCAACUAGAAAAUAUUACAUCCAAAUCUAAUGAUAUUAAUGAUAGAAAUGUUAAUACUAAUCACUCAAUACAAACUGCUGUAAAAACUAAAAGUAAAAUCACUCAAUUAAAUAAAGAUAUGCAUCAGAAUAAUAGAUCAUUUAAAAACAAAAAUACUAUUACUACAAACGACUCUUUUUUAAAUGUUGAUAGUACAAAUUUAAACCAAUCAAUUAGUUUAAAUAAUAAUAACAGUGAUAAUAUAUUCUUUAUGAAGAAUCUAAUUGAAACUAUAUAUGACAAUAAUGAACUCAUCUCCGCAAAUUAUAAGUUAAAUUUUCCCAAGAUUACUAUAAAUCGAGUCAAUAGUAAACUUGUGGACAAGGAUAUUCUGUCAUCUUUAGAAUCAUUAUACCAAAUAUAUUGCACCACUAUUUUUGAAAAUAUAAAAUUUUUCAAAUUUGAUCAAUUGAAUGAAGAUUUAUUUUCGUUUAACCCGAGUUCUAUUUCUCCACAAAUGUUCAAUCUAUUCAUUUCAGAAGAAUUAUUACCAUGGAUUCGUCAGUGUGACCUGGUUACCUACAUUGCCAUCAUUAAAUAUUUAUCAAACCUUGUUAUCAAUCAUAACAAUGUCAAUGGUAAUACUUUCAAUAAGUUAGAAUUAUUUAUUUCGAAAUACAUUAAUCAAAUAUCGAAAGUCACUAUAGGGUUACCGACUCAGUUUGUAGAAAUGAAAUUAGAUAUGGCAAAGAAAUUCACCACUUUAUUGAAAAAACUCUUGAAAUUAUUGAAAUUUAUUGCUGGAUUUUUAAAAAGUUUCAAAUCUUUUAGAAAAGGAAUGAAAAAGGACUGGAAUUCAAUUGUCAAUUUAGACGAUAUCUUGGAGGUGGUCACAACUGAUGCAAAACAAAUAGAGAUAAUGGGAUUUAUCAAAGAAAAUGUUGCAAUCCGUACUUCCAAUCUUUUAAAAGAUGAUAGUCCAAAUUCAUUAUACAAUAUAAUAAUCUCAAUUUUAGAAUUUAUCUCUGAAAUUAAUGCACCUGCACAUGAGAUCAUCAAUGCAUAUAUCAGAUUUACAAACGCUCUAAUCGGCGAUAUAUCCUUAAAGUCAUCAGAAAACUUACUACCUUGGCUGUUUUUCAACAACAUUACUGUCCAAUUAAUUAAUUAUUCAUUGGCUGCAACAAAAUUUAUAUCACAAAAUUAA